AUGGUGUUCAAAACAUACGUAUUUGACCCUAGUGCUUGUGAGAAGGACUACUCUUCUGCGGGUUCUGAGAACUUGACAACAAACAAAGUACCUUGUGCUCAACCUCUUACUCUUCCCAAUGUUGCAGGCAUCAAGGAGGAGGAAGCGGAGGGAGCAGUAGGGCCUUAUAAUCCCCACUUCCGUAUAACAAUAAAUCGAAGUAAUCUCCGCCGCAACGUCUUGACUAUCCCUUCAAAAUUUGUGAAGUCCAAGUAUCUGAAUCAGAAAACUAGCGUGACCCUCCGGAAUGCUUCUGGAGGUGAAUGGCAAGUGAAACUUGCAGCUUAUAGAACUGGCUCUAAAGCUGCUUAUUAUACAAAAGUUGUCAUGGCAAAAGGCUGGGGUGACUUUCAUAUGUCGAAUCAGCUCAAGAUAGGCGAUGUUUGUUUAUUUGAACUAGAUCGUUCCACUGCUCUUGGAAGUCCCAGUAAUGCCGUCAUGAAUGUUCAAGUCAUGUCAAACAAUAUUCCAUCGACUUCCUGA